UUGGCCGUCGGAGGGCGCUCCAAGUGACGCGCGGCGGAUCUCCCGACAAGAGUACCCGGAUGGAGAGGUGAGAGGUUGUGUGCCAAGAUGGCGGACCCCGUGGAUGACAUGUUUUCUUUCUGCGUGGAUCCCGCUAAAGUCGCCGCUGGUGUGGAUGUGAGAUUUAUCGACAACGUCAAGGGGAAAGGUCUGUUUGCCAAGAGAAGCAUCAAGAAGGGAGAGACCAUUUUCAUCGAGCGACCCCUGGUUGGUGCCCAGUUCCUGUGGAAUGCUCUGUAUAAAUAUAAAGCGUGCGAGUACUGCUUGCGAGCUUUGGAGACAGCAGAGGACAAUGCAAGAAGACUCAGCAACAACCCCGCCCUUAGCCUUCCAUACCCUGAACUCUGCCGGGUUCGACCGGAGCGCCACCAAGUCUGCCCUCAGUGUCAGGUGAUGUACUGCAGCGCGGAGUGUCGGCAAGCGGCGGCCGAUCAGUACCACCGAGCGCUGUGCCUCGGCCCGUCCCAGGACGAUCCAGACCACCCCGUCAACAAGCUGAAGGACGCAUGGAGGAGCGUUCACUAUCCUCCUGAGACCUGCAGCAUCAUGCUGAUGGCCAGGAUGGUCGCCACCGUCAAACAAGCCAAAGAAAAAGCGCACUGGCAGAAACUCUUCUCACAUUUCUGCAGCCGCACAGCCAACGAGGAAGAAGAGCUGGCCCACAAGCUGCUGGGGGAGAAGUUCAGAGAUCAGCUGGCGCUUCUGCAGCGCACUUUUAAAGAAGCUUUGCAUGACGAUCAUCUCAAUCGGUGGUUUGUUCCUGAGGGAUUCCGCUCGCUCUUCGCUUUGGUCGGAACCAACGGACAAGGCAUCGGAACAAGCUCCCUAAGUCAGUGGGUUCAUGCCUGCGACGCAGCAGAGAUUCCUGCCCAGCAGAGGGCGCAAUUGGACUCCUUUAUUGACCAGCUCUACAAAGACAUAGAAAGAGAAACGGGGGACUUUCUAAACUGUGAAGGCUCAGGACUGUUUUUACUCCAAAGCUCAUGCAAUCACAGCUGCAUACCAAACGCCGAGGCUUCUUUCCCGGACAACAACUUCCUGCUUCACCUCAGUACCCUCAGCGACAUCAAUCCCGGAGAGGAGAUCUGCAUCAGUUACCUGGACUGCUGUCAGCGGGACAGGAGCCGCCAUAGCCGACACAGGAUUCUGAGAGAGAACUACAUGUUUGUCUGCUCCUGCCUCAAGUGCGUCUCCCAGUUGGAUGAGCCGGACAUGACGUCGGACGAGGAGGAAGAAGCGGAGGGCGAUGAUUUGGAAGACGAGAUGACGGACGUGUGAUUGAACAAGUCAUGACCAAGUCAGUCAAUGUAUGAUGUGUUGAAGUCCAGUGUUUACUUGGUCCAAGCAGACAUGUGCUUUAAAUGCCACCAAGGAGGAGCAGGUACACACUUUAAAGACCUUCUCUCAAUAAAGUCACACGUUAUGGAAAACGUUUGCUCUCAAAAACUGUCAAUUCUUUUUUUAAAGUAUUUUUUUUUGCUGUCAAAGUUACACAUGUGAUUAAUGUAUGAAUGCAGAUUAAUCACGCAGGCGAUUUUAACAGUUACCUGAAGGGGUUUUUAUACACCACUUUGGUAUUUUAGAUCAAAUUGUUACUAAGUUUUGAGUACAUAAACAAGCAUUAAAGUAAAACAUUUACAAAAUGUGUUGAAAUGUUUUUACAUUGUAAUUGAUGGAAGCAAGUGAUUGACAGCGACUAUACAACGUUUAAGAGUGAAAUUCAUUGAUUUUAAAACGUGUUGGCUGUAAUAUUACAUUUUCCUGGCAUUUUAUUCUUUUAAAAUGUAAACUUCUCAUAACAUUACUUUUAUAAAAUAAGUAUGCCUUUAUGAUCGUACUGUUGUAAUUUUUUUUAAAGCUAAUGUAAUAACAAUUAUGUUUUUAUAUCUGUAUUUAUUCUUGUAACAUUACUUUAUUCUCAUUAAAAAAAACAUUACAAUACUUGAUUCACUUGCUAAAAAAGUAUGUUUUUCUAUUUCUUUUUUUUGCCUUAAUAUUUCCAUUGUGUCUCUCUAAAGAAAAAAAGUGGUCUGAUUGUGACAAUUGUCUUACUUCAUAUUUUCUUUGUCUUUUUAGUGUGUCCUUGAUCGUCCUUUGCAUCGCAGAGCCUCCUUAUGUAACCAUGGAAACAGUGUGUGUCAUUGUUCAUUACUGUAUAUUUCCACACACUGAGCAGAAAGCAUACACUUCAAUUUAAAGUAGCAGUAGAGUGGAAAAACAAGUUGCCUCUAUAUUGAAGCUAUUGUCAUACAUAUGUGAUUUAUGACUUCCAAAGUUUGCAAAUA